UAUUAUUAGUCGUCGUUUAAUUUCAGAAUGUCACAGUUUGAUAUGUAUGAUCCGGACCAGCACCGCCAACAGCCGCCGCAGCAACCUCGUAGGAAAUCGAAACUGGGGUUGCUGUUGUUAGCUUCCAGAGUUGCGACGUUGGCUUCGCUCCUUGUCUCUAUUGUGAUUCUGAGGAGCAACAAAAAGACUUACGACGGUUCCAGGGUCUACUAUGAUGAUUUCCACUCUUAUGGGUAUACGUUCUGGGUGAUGAUAGUAGGAUGCGUGUACAGUCUGCUCCAAAUCCCUCUUGCACUAUACUUCUUCCUCAGAGGGGAGCUUCUAAUACGUUACACACGCUUUGUUAAGUUUGAGUUUUAUGCUGAUAAGGUGAUGGGGGUGCUACUAGCAACAGCAGUAGGUGCAACAUUUGGUGCUACCACGGACAUGGACGACCAUUUUGGGGGGUGCCAAUCCAAAAUGUCGCAGUUUGAUAUGUAUGCGUACGAUCCAGACCAGCAUCGCUUGCAGCAGGGGCAACAGCAACCUCGUAAGAAAUCGAAACUGGCGUUGCUGUUGUUGGUUUCGAGAGUUACGACGUUUGUUUCUCUGGCUAUAUCCAUCGUCAUCCUCAAGAACAGCACCAAGACUUACCCCGGCAAGGUCACCUUCUACGGCGAGACUUACGACAAUGGAUACAGAAUCAAAUACUCCGACUACAACUCUUAUAAGUACAUGAUGUUUAUCAUGGUAAUAGGAUGCGUGUACAAUCUGCUGCAAAUUCCUCUGGCACUCUACUACUUCCUCAGACACAACCAUCUAAUAAACCACCGUCGCUUUGUUCUCUUCCAAUUUUUUGCUGACCAGGUGACAAUGGCACUACUAGCAACGGCAUUAGGUGCAACCUUUGGUGCAACGGUGGAUUUGGAUAAGGGUGUUCGGAGAAAGGAGAAAGUAGAGAAAAAUCUUCAUCACUUUUGGCGUCUCGUUUAUUUGCCAAUCACAUUUUUUCUCAUUGCUUUCGUAGCCUCUAUUAUUUCUUCCAUCAUCACAUCUAUAACAACUCUCACCAAUAUCAAAACUGAUAAUAAAAUUACGAUCUUGGGACUGUGUGAACCGAAAAUGCCACAGUUUGAUACAUACGCGUACGAUGAAGGACGACAGCAUCAUCAGCAGCAAGAAGAACCUCAUCGUAAGAAAUCGAAAAUGGCGUUGCUGUUGUUAGUGUCCAGAGUUGUGACCUCGGUUGCGCUCCUUGUUUCCAUCGCUUUAAUGCUGACCACCAAAAAGACUUACCAACAAUAUAGAAUCCGCUAUGAUGACUAUCAUUCUUACAGGUACACGUUCUACGUGAUGAUAAUAGGAUUUGUGUACAAUCUGCUCCAAAUCCCUCUUGCUAUAUACUUCUUCUUCAGAGGGGAGCUUCUAAUACGUUACACCCGCUUUGUUAAGUUCCAAUUUUAUGCUGAUAAGGUGAUGGUGGUGUUACUAGCAGCAGCAGUGGGCGCAACAUUCGGUGCGACCUCGGAUAUGGAUAAGCAUGUAAGGAAUGAGAGUGAAUUGGAGCAUAGACUUCAUGAUUACUGGAGUCUUAUGUAUCUUCCAGCCACCAUUCUUCUCGUUGGCUUCGUAUCUUCUGUCAUUUCUGCAGUUGUCUCUUCUGAAACUACUCUUUCCAAGACCCAACACUCAUAGUUUACAACACUACGUAGUAUUGUAUCUGAGAGAGUACGUUUUGCUCAUGUAGUAUUCACGAACACUUCCGAGGUUGUUUGAUAUAUAUUUUCAAUUAUUGAUGGUUUUGUGGUU